AGUAUCUGAUGCUCCACUUCCCCGCCGAAGGUCCCGCGUGGAGGAUCUCACACAGUCGCGUUCAAAGUUUGCACGCGCUCGAGCGUGAACGGAGCUGGAGGAGGGACGGGAGCUCGCACACCGAGCGAGAGAAAGAAAGAGAGAGAGAGAGAGAGAGAGAGAGAGCACCGGCUGCCGCGGCUGGCAGAGCGCCUUCUUCUCUCAGGAGCCACAACGCCGGGUUUAGCGCGGGCAGGGAGGGACUGAACCUGCGCUGAGGUACAGUCAUUAACGGGGACGCUGACACGGCGCCCGAUAAGAGCAGAUGCUCGCGUGCCGCCCUGGGAACUUGAUGGGCUCGUGCCGCCGCGCGUCCGUCCUCGAGCUCGCCCUCACGCGCCAGGCUCGCGCCCUGCGCUGUCAUGACCGCGUCCUUUCGGUCGCUGGUGUUCGGGAGCGCGGCUCUGCUCGCCCUUUUCUUCAUUGUCACUGACAUUUGGCAAGUUGGACUCUGGAAUCAUGGAGACAUUGGGAAAUUAUACUUGCAGACCUUCCCUCCCAAGUCUAACAGAACUCUUGUCCUGGAGUCAAAUCCUUCUCAAGGAUCUGAUGCUACAGACCAUAAGCCCUCUCCUUCAACAAGCAACACCACACAAUCUUCCUCCAACUGGAACUUCAACAAGACUCUUUCAGACUUAAUAAGGAGGAACAUCUUGAAGUUUUUCGAUGCUGAGCGGGACAUAUCGAUACUGAAGGGGAUUUUGAAGCCUGGAGAUGUGAUCCAUUAUGUUUUUGAUCGCCAAAGCACUUUGAAUGUCCCCAACGAGCUGUAUGAGCUCCUUCCCAGAGUGUCACCUCUAAAAAACCAAUUUUACAAGCGCUGUGCUAUUGUGGGAAACUCAGGCAUCCUGCUGAACAGCAGCUGUGGGCAAGAGAUUGACUCCAAUGACUUUGUCAUCAGGUGUAACCUGGCUCCAGUGGAGGAGUACGAGCAAGAUGUGGGCCAUCGCACCAGCCUGGUGACCAUGAACCCCUCAGUGGUACAACGUGCUUUCCAGGACCUGGCCAGCGAGCAGUGGAAGGGGCGCUUCUUACGGCGACUGCAGGGCCUCAAUGGCAGUGUGUUGUGGAUCCCAGCCUUCAUGGCCAAGGGUGGCGAGGAGCGUGUGGCCUGGGCCGUGCGCCUUAUCUUGCAGCACGCUAUCAACGUGCACACAGCUUUCCCUUCACUGCGCUUGCUGCACGCCGUCAGAGGGUACUGGCUAACAAACAACGUCCAAAUUAAGAGGCCAACGACAGGUCUGCUGAUGUACACCAUGGCCACGCGUUUUUGUGAGCAAAUCCAUCUGUACGGGUUUUGGCCCUUCCUCCUUGGCCCGCACGGAAACCCAGUUAAGUACCACUACUAUGAUGCUCUGACGUACGAGUACACAUCCCAGGUGGGCCCACACACAAUGCCGCUGGAGUUUGAGACACUGAGGGCACUUCACAGACAGGGGGCACUGCGUUUACACACCGGGGCAUGUAAUGUUGGAAUGCAGACCAUAAGCAAAGAAGGGCUUGGCUAAGUACACAGCAAGUGGAGGACUCUGGGAACAGGCUGAGAUGUACAAACCACCCUGGGAACAGGGCUGAGUGAAUGUUCACAAGGUACACAAGGAGAAGAAUAACUAUAGCUCACUGAGAGAACAGAGGCUGGUUUUAUGCUUUGAUUGAUGAUCAGUUUGUAUAAAGUUGUGACUUGUUUUCUAGAGUGCCUAGUUUUUUAAUAAAUUGUAGCUUUUUUUGUAUUUAUUUCAGAUUUACUUCCAGCAUUGCGUUUUUUUUUUUAUCAAGGACACAGAUAAAUCUUUAAGUGGAUUGUGUGUGCAAUCGAGUUUUAUGUCAAUAAUGCAUGGGCUGUUAUGAAUGACAGUGUUUUUGUUUAUUGUCUGUAUUGUCUGCCUAUUUUGUCUGCCUAUUGUUUGGGAUGAGGCCAAAGAAAAACAUCGAGCUUAGUGAAUAGUAAGACAUAAUGACUUCAUUAAUGUUACUCAUCCUCAAGUAGGACUGCUGCCCAUUCCAACACUAUGUUGCCAGUGAUAAGUAGAAUACAAUUUACCAAACCAGUCCAGUUCAUUGUCAACAACCACUUAUCCCUUUGUAUGUUAUUUUUUGGGAGGAGGUAGCUCAAGCAAUUGUAAUAUGAGGAGAAUUUCAGCCCACAUCUUUGUUUUUAGUUUCCAUAGCGCUACUUUGCCACAAGACAGGUUUUAAGAUCCUGUCAUUUACUCCAAUCAUAAGCAUUAAUUUAAUGACAGAAACACAUGCUGCAAAUUUAGGUUUCAUAUGUGUUUUAUGAAUGCUGGUCAUUUUAUACAGGACUCACAAUUUACAACAGUUUAGCAGAAGUUUACUAUGGUGACAGUAUUUCUAGUUCCAUGUUUUUGUUCAUGAUAUGGCUCUUCUGUGAAUAGGAACAAAAAUCUAUUUAAAUAUUACUAGUGGACUGCAUGUUUAUCAGAAACUGCUUCCAUUUAAUUAUUUGAAUAUGCUUUUUCUCCAAAUUCUACAAAACCUCUAAUUGCUUUAUGCAGUAUAGGAUCUGCACAUGGAAUAACAGGAAAGCAAAGACAUAAAUCCUCUACACACCCAUUUUACAUAGAUAUAUUUAGACAAUAACCAAAUUAUUCUUUAAACUUUCUUCCUCAGUAUGUUAAAUGUUCAAAAUUUGCCUGCCUGAUUUUUUGUGUGAACUGCACAUCAAUGUAUUUCUCACUCGAUCAUAGCGGUGUUCUAAUAAAAAUCUGUCAGAUGUUUCUUGCAUUUGACAUAUGUCUUAGAAAUUCAAUAUUUUAUAAAGCCAUCUUUUGAUCUGUACAGCACUCUGUCAAAGUUCAGCAAAAUCAGUAUGAGCUAAUAUUUUCUUUAUAUUUUUUAACCAUUACAAGUAGAGAUUAUACUUUGAGUUAAUGUGCUUUGAUGUUAAAAAUAGAAUUUUUUUUCCCAAGUGUGAGGAAGCUGUCUCUAUUUAUAAAAAUAGCAAAACUCACUGAAACAAAUUAAACCUCAGCCUGCUUUGAAGCCACUCGGUGGC